UGAUAAACUUGCAUAAAAGUAAAGAAUAAAGAGAUUUGUAAAUUUUAUAAUGAUUUCAAAUUUUACUUUUAUUAAGUAUUUAUCUUCAAUAUUAUAAUUUCUUAAUAUUAUAUUUCAUAAAUAAUAUAUAUAUAUAUAUAUAUAUACAUAGGACUAUAUAAUAAAAGAUAAUUAAGUUAUUAUGAUUAAUGAUUAUAAAUCUAUUAUUCAAUGGCAUCCAGAAAUGAUAUUAAUUUCUGAAAAACCAGUAACAUGGAAAGGAUUUUUAAAAGUUUCUUGUAAUUCAGGACGAAAUAUACGAAUUAAAUUAAAAUUAAUUGUACAUAAUUAUCCAUCAUUAUGUGAUGCUGAAAUUAAUUUUGGUAAAGAAAUUGCAUUCAUACGCAAUAAAGAAUUUAGUGAAAAAGUGAAAAAUUUAAUGCAUAAUGUAAAUAAAAUAUCAACUUUUUUAAAACAAUUACAAUUAUUAAUUAGUAAUUUCAUUAACAACAAACAUGUUAUUGAAGAUAAUAGAUAUGAAGCUAUAGAUAAUCAAACAAUGCAAAUGUUAAAAGAAUUAAAAGAUGUACUUGAUACAUCAUCUGGAAUUCAGAUAUUAUCUAAUAAUAGUUUGAGUACAAUCAAAUUAUCUUUGAAUAAUAUUGCUAUAAAAUUACAAAGAAUAAACCAUAGGACAUGUUCAUGGACAGUUGUUGAUUCAGAUUUACCUGAAAUACCUGCCUUGGGACCUUUUGAAAAAAAUAUAUCAACAUUAGUUAUAGCAAGGAAUAAACUUAAACUUCAAGUAGAAAUACUUGAAAAAGCAUGGUCAAAUUUAAAACAAAUUGAUGAGAAUUGUUGGAUAUUAGAUCCAUUACAACCAAAACCAUAUCAUCUUUAUCGACGAAUUUAUUUAACACCAUCUUUAUCAAUGUACAUUAAAAUAGAUCCUCUAAACCCUAUGGAUUUACCAGAAAUUACGUUUAUGGGUAGUGAUACAGAAGUUAAAUCAAAGAAAGAAUUGAUUUCUAAGAAGUUACAUAAUUGGAAUCCAAAUCAUGAUAUUUUAAAUAAUUUAAAGAUGUUAUUAGAUAUAGACAUAUUUCUCAAAAAAGAAAUAAAUAAAGAAUCUACAGAAGAUAAUAGUGCAAUUGUUGCUGAUGAAGAAUGUUGUAUUUGUUUUUCUCUACAAUUAAAUGAAACUCUACCUGAUAAAAUUUGUAGUAAUGAAAAAUGUAAAAAACAUUUCCAUACUUCUUGUCUAUUACAAUGGUUACAAGCAAUUGUUGGAAAUCGUGUUAUAUUUGAUCAUAUUCAUGGUUUAUGUCCUAAUUGUGAAGAAAGCAUAUCAUGCUAUAUUAAAUGAUAUAAUAUAAUUAUAAAUUAUAUGAAUAUAUUAAUUUAUUAUUUAAAUACAUAUAUAUGUUUAUAA